GUUUUUAUUACACGAGUCUGCCACGGCUAUGACUUUGUCGGUGCGCAUGCGCAUGAAAAUCAUCGCUACUAAACUGCUUCAGUCUUCAGAUAGUUGAGAUUCAGAUGCCACUGAAAAAUGGCAGAUUGUGAGAAGGAGGAGGCACACAAUCUCCAAAUGGAGUUUGAAUGGGUGCUCCACGAGGAAGUGCACUCAUCGCUGUCGCAACUUCGAAACAUUCUAAUGGAAUGUGCCCAGCGAUUUCCACUAGCUCUUUUCGGUAAUGAUCAGCACAAUAAAACUGAUAGAUUUGUUUUUGCGGCACCGCAUGACCAAGUCAAGUGUAUCGCUGUUCUGACCGGUGACAGUAUCACGAAUGCGGAAGUGAAUUUCAAAGUACAACGACAGCAGAAUAUUAACAUGAGGACCAGUAUUCAAACUGAGCAUCCGUGGAAGCUACAACAGAUCCAGGAUGCCGCCAAUCACUUGCAGCAAGGAAUUGCCCACAUAGAUAACGUAGACAGACACUACCUUUUUAAAACGUCCGACGAAGUUAUGCACGUGUUAGGUAAUAUCCUGGGUUGCCUUCAGAGAAGCAGAACCAGUUUAAUCGUACCCAGGAAGAAGACGAUCGACGACCUCAUCAAGAGUCGCAAUAUGAAGUCUCUGAAUCCGAACCUACCAGAGAAUUUGGCCAUUAGCUUCUACAUUCAAAGCUACAAGCUGGUGUUAGCUAUUUACCAAUUAGAGAACGCUCACGGUAGCGUAAAGUACGAGACCCAGCAAGCGGAGUGCAGCGUACCGUGGUUAAACGACGCCCUCGUACUUCUUACUAUUGCGCUACAGCUUUGCCAACGACUGAAGGACAAGAUAUGCGUCUUUUCCCAAUACAAAGAUUUUACGGUGGGUUCUCGUGUCCCUUCCGCAAUAGGCUGGUAACCUAUCACCAAGAAAUUUUCAUAUUUCGAAUCGGCGUUUGAUAUAGUACGGUGCUACGUGCAAGUGAACGAAUUUUGGCCUCAAUUAGGUAACACUUGCUCUGGCCUUCGUUUUUACAUACGUUAAUUGUUGUUCUUAUAUUCUCUGUCUCACCUGUACUGGAUUGUUGCCCUAGUGUUUCUAAAAAUUAUUACAACACGCGCCUAGCAUAGUAAUAUAUAAUAAUAGUAAUAUAUAGUAAUAGUAAUAUAUAUAUGUGUAUAUAUAUAUACAUAUAUAUAUAUGGUGUAUUGAAUACAUUAGCUAUUGAAACAUCUAAUUAAGGGUUUGCAUCCGUUUAUGUGAGUUACUAAUAGAAUAAUAACAAGUUACACUAUCGUUGUUAUACACCAGAAAUGGAGGAUUAAUAAGAACAUUUUGCCAAUUACUGGUGUGCCUCAUCACCAUGUUAUAUACUGUGUUCUUCCCAUUUCUGAGGUAGUUUUCACAGUGAGUGUGUAAGUCUUUAACUUUAGCAUACAAUAUAUUUAGUAAAUUGAGGCAAAGGGAUGAAAUAACUACACAAUGGAAUUUGAGUAAAUCAUUUUACUAAUGUUUAUUAUUAAACAUCUCAUAUAGAUUAUUUGAAUUUAUUGUAAUUUAAUACAUGUUGUUGUUAUAAUCGUCG